AUGAAAAUCAGAACUACCUCAAAUUUCUUCGUUUGUGGUAUCUCUUACUUUUUCUUUUGGUGGGCGUUAUUCGCCCUAUACUGUAUUGCUUACCAGAUCAAUCGCUGGCGCGUCUAUCUUACACGAAAGAAGAGAAUUUCUGGACAAGAAAAAGUGAUCACUUCCUUGCCUGGUAGCAAGCUUGUUUCAUUCCUAAACUAUGUUGUACCUAUUCCCUUUGUUACUGACAUGAUUGCUGUAAAGCACAUCAUUGGCGUUACUUUAUUCAUCAUCAUCAAUCUUCUCUUCAUCUUCUUUGCUCCUUUCAAAAUGGUGGAUGAUAAGCCUUAUGUGCUUCCUUCCAUUGGUAUUUUUGACCGUCGUGCUGCCUUUGUUGGUAUGGUCAACUGGGGCUUUGUCUUCUUUUUGGCUCAAAGAAAUUCUAUUCUACCUAAAAUGUCUGGUCUAACAUUUGAAGAACUCAUUCCUUUCCAUCGCUGGGUUGCCCGUAUUGGUUUAGCUGAAUUCAUUCCUCACUUUGUUUAUAGAAUGUAUCGUGGUUAUAUCAAGCAUUAUAUCGUAAAGGAUACUCUCUUUGAAGACCUUGAGCAAACCUCUGGUACGAUUGCAAUGCUUGGCUUUCUCUUGAUGUUUGUUACUUCCUUCGAGUACAUUCGUCGUAACUUUUUCGAAAUAUUUUAUUACUCGCAUAUCAUUGGUGUGAUUGUCGCAAUCAUCUUUUCAUGCAUUCACGAACCUACUUGCUUUGCUUACUUUAUCCCUGCUACCAUCCUCUGGGUAUUUGAUCGCGCUGUUCGUUCCUAUAACUCAUGGAUUGUCAAGACAGCCUCUGUUCGUGUCGAUGAAGUCGCUUCAAGCACAGCUACUCAAGAAGGUAUCUUCCGCGUCUUGUUCGAAUACCCUGGUAUGGUUAAUUUCCGACCUGGUCAAUACGUCUUUGUGGCUAUGGCACGGGCACAGAGUAGGAUCUUGGGUUACGCCAACUGGCAUCCUUUCACUAUCUCCGAAGUGUUCCGUUUGAGCAAGUCCAUAGACUCUGGUAUUGAAGAACGUAUUGCCGAAGGCAUAAACGAAAAAGAGAAAGGGUCUACAGACAUUGCAUCCUUGUCUGACACCUCAAGUCUUCGUCGUCGUGCCAACAUUGGUGUUGAUACAACCACUACCAUGGCUACUUUCCAUGCAAAGGCUCUUGGUAACUACACUCGGGACAUACUCAAGGCCGCCUCCAGAAAUGAACCUAUCGAGGUUGCUGUGGAUGGCCCAUUCGGUCCUCAGCUUCAAUAUCAAGAUUUUCCUGUCUUGGCUCUCUUUGGUGCUGGUAUUGGUAUCACCCCUGCUAUGGCUAUUGUCAAGGACUGCGUUGAGCGUAGAUCUAUGGGUAUCAAGACUGUUGCUACAGAAUACAUUCAACUUUCAUGGGCUAUUCGGUCAUCAGAGGAAGUUGUACCCUUCAUGGACAUGUUUAGCUAUUGGCAUGAAAAGAUGACAAAGGCUAUCCUUCCUAUUCACAUCAGUUUCACCAUCUAUGUGACACGAGCAAAAGAAGGCCCUAAUUACUUUGAAAACAUGCAUGGGUUCAAUAUGGUCUAUGGACAAAGGCCUAAUGUCAGUGAAUGUUUAGACAAAGUCAAGACACUCAAUCCUAAUCGAAGAGUGUGGGUUCAUACUUGUGGUCCGACCAGCCUUACAAAAACAGUUACGAAUGAAGCUGUUAAGCGUCAUUUCAGUGCUCACAAUGAAACAUUUGAGUUUUAAACACUUUUUAC